AUGGUGAAUCCGGUGAAUCAUGGUUUUAAAUCGUACGGCAUUAAACUGUGGAGUGGGAAUAAAUAUAAAAACACAUUAAUGCAGGGCUUCCACGUCACUUGGUCAAUCGGAGGGAGCUUGGGACCGUUCAUAACAAAAUCAUUCUUGUGCGAAAUUGAAGUGGAUGAUCAUUUCAAUGAAACAUCUAACAUUUGGAACUCAAGUUUUACAAACAGUAGUCCACAUUCCGGCAACUUUUCAUCCGCUUGUAAAGAUGGUCGUGAUUUGAAUUCUGUCAAAUACGCUUUUAUUACGAUUGCUUUCAUCAUGUUUUCGGCAAAUAUACCUUAUGUAACUGCCUUCAUAUUCAAAGCAGUCAAAAAGAAACAGUUUUUAAUAAAAAGACGGAGUAAAACAGAAAGCACAUCCGAAGAACAACAGAUAAUUCCUAAAAACAAAUUCCAGCAAAACGUGCGGCUAAAAGUAAUUUUGCUAACAUUUUUCUUUUUUCUAGGACUUUUAAAUUAUUACACGGAAGGAAUAACGUCAUUUUUCCCGACAGCUUUCGCUCUGAAAUACUUACAAUGGUCGGUUGCCCAAUCUGCAUCGUUGCUGUCAUUAUUCUAUGGAGCUCAAAUUUCAUGCAGAAUAUUGGGUGUCGUAGUUUCAGUGUUCCUGAGACCGAGGACUAUGUUGGCCAUUACCAUGUCAUUACUUGUCAUUACUGGCCAUUGA